GACCGUUAAUGGCGAAAUGACUGCAGCCGCGCAACUGUGCGCUCGCGCGGGGUAGCGACGUGCCGGGUGCAGCGCGCGCCGCCCGUGUCGCAGAGAGGAAGGAGGAUCCGCAUAAUUAUUAUAUUGUCUGGUUUGCAUAUAUUAUGCUGUCACAGCAAAGAACAUAUUUUUGAACGGUGCAUUUUUUUCCCCGUUUCAAUGAAGCGGAAAACCGCAUCUUAAAUUUAGAGUGCAAGUUUUUUUCCAGGGUCACCUCGAUUCGACAAGUAACAGAACGCCUCUUGGUACUGACGCUAUUAGAAUCGUCAGCGCGAUCGAAUAACACGCAGAAACUGCAAACACAGUGGAGAUUUUGCUUCAUCAGACAUUUUAAUCCGCAACCAUGGGGAAGGAGAAGCUCCACAUUAACAUUGUAGUGAUUGGUCAUGUGGAUUCUGGCAAGUCCACCACUACCGGCCAUCUCAUCUACAAGUGUGGAGGUAUUGACAAGCGGACAAUUGAGAAGUUUGAGAAGGAAGCAGCAGAGAUGGGAAAAGGUUCCUUCAAGUACGCCUGGGUUCUGGACAAACUGAAAGCGGAGAGAGAGCGUGGAAUAACCAUUGACAUCUCUCUAUGGAAGUUUGAAACCAGCAAGUACUAUGUCACAAUCAUCGACGCCCCUGGGCACAGAGAUUUCAUCAAGAACAUGAUCACCGGCACCUCGCAGGCCGACUGUGCAGUUUUGAUUGUGGCGGCUGGCGUUGGCGAGUUCGAAGCCGGCAUCUCAAAGAAUGGGCAGACACGGGAGCAUGCCCUCCUGGCUUAUACGCUGGGCGUGAAGCAGCUCGUUGUGGCCGUCAACAAGAUGGACUCCACCGAGCCCAAUUACAGUCAGAAGCGGUACGAAGAAAUCGUCAAGGAGGUCAGCACCUACAUCAAGAAGAUCGGCUUCAACCCGGACACCGUGCCGUUUGUACCCAUUUCUGGCUGGAAUGGGGACAACAUGCUGGAGGCCAGCCCUAAUAUGACAUGGUUUAAAGGUUGGAAAAUCACACGGAAGGAGGGUAAUGCUUCUGGCACCACACUGCUUGAAGCUCUGGAUGCCAUCCAGCCCCCUUCUCGCCCCACAGACAAACCCCUGCGCCUACCUCUGCAGGAUGUCUACAAGAUUGGAGGGAUCGGGACUGUGCCUGUGGGCCGUGUUGAGACGGGUAUCCUGAAACCUGGUAUGGUGGUGACCUUUGCCCCUGUAAAUGUGACUACUGAGGUGAAGUCUGUGGAGAUGCACCAUGAGGCUCUGAGUGAGGCUCUACCUGGAGACAACGUUGGAUUCAACGUCAAAAAUGUCUCUGUCAAAGACAUCCGCCGGGGCAAUGUUGCUGGGGACAGCAAGAACGAUCCCCCGCAAGAGGCCGCAAACUUCACAGCACAGGUGAUCAUCCUGAACCACCCUGGUCAGAUCAGUGCAGGCUACGCCCCUGUACUGGACUGUCACACAGCCCACAUUGCCUGCAAAUUUGCCGAGCUGAAGGAGAAGAUUGACCGCCGCUCUGGAAAGAAGCUGGAGGACAAUCCCAAGUCCCUGAAGUCUGGGGAUGCCGCCAUUGUGGAAAUGAUCCCUGGCAAGCCGAUGUGUGUGGAGAGCUUUUCAGAAUACCCACCACUCGGGCGCUUUGCAGUGCGUGACAUGCGCCAGACGGUUGCGGUCGGCGUGAUCAAGGGGGUGGAGAAGAAAACACCUACUACCGGAAAAGUCACCAAAUCUGCACAGAAGGCCCAGAAGGCCAAAUGAAGCUUGUGCACUGCUGCCAACCCCAGAAUCAGUCAUGGCAGUACAACAGUCCACCAACACCACUGUCCAAUCAGCCCCAGUUCCAUAGUGAGAGACUGUUUGAUUUCUACGAUGCAUCGCAAAAGUACACGAAGGAAAAAGUACCACAGUUACACUGAAACUAAAAAGAGUGAUGUUUGUUUUUGUGUGUGUGUGUUUGUGUUCAUGUAUAUAUAAAUAAUAUACAGAAAAUGUUAAUUUAGGCAGGAAUCACCCGAAAGACCGAGACACUCGGAGGAGGAAGUAAAAACCAGAGAUUUCAAUAUUGCCUGUACUAUUGUCUUGCAGUUCCCUUGUUCACUGGCUGUUCUUGCGCAGAUGAAACUAUAGAACCUUGUUCAGUAGUCAGAUAUUCCCAUUUGAGUGUUUGAAAAAGUAUUUUAAUUUCAGUUUUAUCUCCAGCAUGUGCCUCCACCCUGCUGUACUGCUUAAGUGUCUCCAUUGUGAUAAACAUCCAUUAGCAGUUUAACAUUUAAAGCCUGCUUGACCUAGUUCUAGCAUCUUAAUGUGAAAUGGAACAAAGCAUUAAUACAUGAAAUUAAAGAUUUUCUAACAGUUAA